ACUAACAACCAUGAAGUUCAUCGUGCUAACCAUUUACUUGGUCCUCGCUGUAGCGGAAGAAUCGAAGCCAAAACGUAGUAUUUUUGACUCACCUUCUUUAAGUCCAGUUUCAUCUACGCAUGAAGUUCGUACAAUCAAUCAACAAGUACCAUAUCCGGUUUUCCAACCUUAUCCAGUAACCCUUGAGAGGAGGGUAGCAGAUCCAAUACCUUAUCCAGUUGAAGUACCAAAACCAUAUGCAGUACCUGUACAUGUUAAUGUACCUGUUGAAAUUCCUAGAGCAGUGCCUGUUCCAGUCCCGUACGCGGCUCCAGUUCCUGUUAAACAGCAUGUGCCAGUCGAAGUGCCAAAGCCUUAUGCAGUUGAACUAACAAAACCUGUUCCUGUUGAAGUACCCAGAACAAUUUUAGUUAAAGAAAGACAUCAUGUUCCCGAACCUAUACCAGUUCCAUAUGGUGUUGAAGUUCAGACUCCAGUAAAAGUACGUGUACCCACUCCAAUAUUCGUCAAGGAACCUCAAUACGUUUAUACAUAUCGUAUGCAAUAA